AUGGCCCCUCAAAAAAGAACAGCUACAGAAGCUGAGGCAGUAUUGGAUGGAAUAAAGGCACUUUUGGUAGAUAUUGAAGGAACUACUACCCCGAUAUCUUUUAUUAAGGAGACUUUGUUUCCCUAUAUCACAAACAAUUUAGAGAGCUUCCUUGAGAAACAUUUUGAUGAGGUGAAUUGCCAAGCAGACAUACAACUUCUCCGUCAAUUGGCAAAGAAGGAUAAAGAGGCUAAUGUUGAUGGUGUGAUGGAAAUCCCUGAUACUGAUGCUGACAAAGACACCAUCAUGAAAGCUGUAAUUGCUAAUGUGAAAUGGCAGAUGUCUCAAGACCGAAAGUGCCAAGAGCUGAAACAACUGCAGGGGCAUAUCUGGAAGGAAGCCUACAAGCAGGGAACGAUUAAGGGAGUGUUGUUUUCUGAUGUUGUACCAACACUCCGUCAAAUGGUUGAUGAUGGAAUAAAGAUCUAUGUUUACUCUUCUGGAAGUGUCAUUACUCCUGCUUCUUUUUAUACAAAUAUUUUUUCUCUCUUAAAUCAUUUUAUGAUUGGGAUAUUUUGUUUUGCUCCCUCUCUACGUUAUUGA